AUGAGUAAAAUGAGCGAAUUGUGGUUGUGCUUUCCUUGCUGUGUCACGGAACAGCCGCCGCCGGUAGAUCGAAUAUGCUCGUCUUUUCUUUCCUUGGUUCGACUAACCAUUUCAUCGAUUCAAUAUUGCGAUCCAAAGACUGAACAUUCUCUCUUUAUUUGCAGAAAAGACGAAGAAUAGACAGAAGUAUGAUUGGAGAACCCAUGGAUUUCAAAGUAAGUGCACUAUUUUGGCGAUUAGUCCUUGCUUUUACGUGCCAGUUCAGAUCUAAAGUGGUUAACUUCGAAUCUUUGAUUUUGAUCUGAAGCACACGGGUCACAUCGGCAGCGGAGACAUGGCUUCUGGAUCCGAUGUAAGUUAAAAUUAACGACAUUGUUCUCUCAUUAAAACCCUUCUUUGACUUUCUGAGGAAGUAGGCUUUAAUUCUUGUUAAGUCAUUUAUUUACGUUUAACAAUUGACUUCGAAAUGAACGCAGUUUUGAUUCUGUGGCAUUCUUGUAAACCAACCUCUUUCGAGUAAAGCUACGAAUUUCCUCGUGGCGAUACUUGUUGUUCUCUUUCAAUUUAAGUUUACUUUAUCAAUAGCGAGUCUUGACUGAGGGCAGCUACAAUCUUACGAUGUAAAUCUUCUUUUCUUUCUCGUUUUAGCUCGGUUCGAUUCAAUGUCAAAUGCAAUCGAAAGGUGGAUAUCAAGGCAUUAGCGUACCAGUAACGUGCACUCCAGCAGGAAUUCCAGUGGGCGGGCAGAGUUAA